AUGGUCUUAGGGGAUUUUAAUAAUAAAGCAAAGGCUCAUAAUGAAAAUUAUGAGCCUUUUAUUAGCGCUAGUCUGUACAAAAAUGCUAGUCCUGAGUUAGAUAGCAGAUGUGUGGAAUUUAUAGAGCGCAAGAAACUGGAAAUUGAAAAUGGACAGUUUUCACAAUUGAAUUCUUUUUGGAAUCCAGCAAAUUUUGCACACUAUAACAAUUGUGACACUCCCCCUAAACUUUACAAUGAAAUAUCAUUCAAUUUAAGUUCUGGUACAUCUUUAAACAACGAAUGUCUGGGGCUUUUCAUAUCACAAAUAGGGAAUGUAAUAUCAACAUUCGCUAUGGGCGAUCUAUUUGACACUAGCUACCAUGAACAUCGGCAAUUGACCGGCUUGUUUCACAACGAGGAACCACAAACCCAGAUGAUAGAAGAGUUGUCAUACAUCUUCUUGUCAAUCCGUUUGCUAUUCGAAAUACAUCAUUUGAGUCCAGAUGAAUACAUAAAGUCGCUGGUUAUAUCGCAGAUACUUAAGAAUCGCGAGACAAUUCAUCUGGUAUUCACGUAUUCUGCAAGAUUGCCUAGGAUUUCUUAUGCUGUGGCUAGUAUUGAUUCUAUAUAUUCCAUGGUGGAAUCUAUUUCAGCACCGAAAGAUGGUUUUUUUGAUAAAUAUUCGGAUGAUAAUUUGCUUGGCUUGCCACAGAGUUGGAUAUGUGAUGAGAAGGGCCAAAAUUUUUUGGUAAAAAUUAUUGCAGAUUCACUAACCAACAACAGCCUAAAAAAUCGCAUUUUUGGCACAGAAAUAGCAAAUAUCGCGCCAAUCACCGCUGCAACCAACGGAAAUUUGCUCUACCUACUAAAAUCAAAUCUAAGCCAAUGUAUAGAUCAAAUAUCUGAAUGCGUUAUGUCAAAUGCUGUAGUUGAUGCUCUACAGAAUAUAAUAUGUUUCGUGCCAGAGUCUGUGGCUAUCCACUUCACCACCCUACUAUAUCCAAAACAUUCUAAUUUCAAAGUUGAGCAUUUUUCUCAGCACAUAAGGUUCAUCAAUCACUGUUCAUCAUUGCCCUUGUCAAUUGCCAACUGCUGCCACGUAGCCUAUAAUCUCUGCUGGCAGACCAUAACUUCGUUAAAUCAAAAUAUAGCACGGGUAACAAGCACUGAAGUUUGUCUGCCCAUAAUUGAACUUUUAUGUAAGUAUUAUGAAUGCACCAGCAAAUUGGUAUACAAUGACACAAUAGCAUCGCAACAGUGUGUUGAACUGGUUACAUUAUGUUUACGAAUUUCGCAGCAACCGUUCAGCGAGAUAACAAACAAAAUACACUGCUCAGUAUUUAAUUCAUUGAUAACUCUUCAUAAAAAUGGCAAAAUUGAUGCAUCAAUUAUCUAUUUAACUUUGAUAAACUUUGAUACUAAUCUCAGCGGAUUGGAUAUUUUGGAUAUGACAUACAACUAUACUUUAGAGCAUGAAAAGUGCUACAAUUUUUUGUACAACCAUGAUUUUAAGCAAUUUUUACAGUCAAAUAUCUCCCAGAUUGGCUAUAUUGUAUUGAAGAUAUGUUUCGAUUCAUUAGUAUCCGUAAAUAUUACGAGAGACACUCACAUAUCAUAUAAAGGGGCACAGAGGAAUGUCCCUACAAAUUUAGACAGAAAUGAUCAAUCAAAUAUCGAUAGUGACAAUGAAUUACCUAAUCCUGCUCGUUUAUCUCGAAACAUCGAUAUUGUUGAUUGUAUCAAACUUGGCAUUGACGUUAUUAGGGUAGCUAGCAACACCAUCGCCAGCUCCAAGUGGAAUGAUAUUAGGCAAUUAAUAUUACUAAUUUCCAAGAUUUAUUCAAUUUGCUUAAGCGAAACAAUCAAUGACAAUGUUGACAAACUGCUGUUAAAGGAGAUGACUGAAUGUAUUAUUUACCUAUUCAAACAACUGAUAACGAGAGACCACUACAUUGUUUGUAGACUAUUUCGCGCAUUUACAGAAAUGAUCAAGCGAUCCAGUGGUACUAGGUACAGUAGGAAAUAUUUUGAGGCAUGCCUACUUGAUAACUACGAUACCCAGUCGCAGAUAUUGUACUAUAUAUCCAUUAGAUACUUUGAGGCAAUAAACCUCCCUUUACCCAUAUUCAAAUGCUUACCAGUACAAUAUUAUGCAUUUGACACCACUACACUGAACUUGAGCAUAUUCAAAUCGUAUUUUUUAGGCCCAUACAAUAUACCCAAGAUCACCCUGUACCAAGGCACUUACCGUAUCAUUUCUAUAGAUUUUUACCACUCGUGGCAAAAUGUGCUUAAAACUCAUAUAACCAAAUUGUAUCCGAUUUUGAUAAAAUCGGAAAACCUUGCUUUGGAAAUUGGCAAGGUACAUCACAUAUUCGCUUAUGGAUGUGUUUCAUCUGGGUUGUUCCAAUUGGCUGCCAAUUAUUUUGAUCAAAUCACUCACAGUUUAAUCACAUACGAUUCAACGCAGUGGUAUACAAUCUUACAUUAUCUAUGUUCAAACAAAUUAUCGCAAGCAAUGGAAGGAAUAACUAUGUACCAUACAAAACAAUUGUGCCAUAUUGAUAAGAUGAUGACUUAUGAGAAUCGGGCUAGUCGUGUCAGUUAUUACUGCCCUGAACCUAUACUUCUCACUUGGUUACAUUCUGUAAUAUCACUACAGAAAUUAUAUAAUGAAUUUCUAGAUUUAUUGGGGGACAAGUCAACAAACAUGUCAAAAAUGAGCACAAUAAUUGGGAAUACCAUGCAAAUUAUCAUAUCACUGAAGUUGAUUGACAGCAUGCUAUCAACCAAGUCUACAUAUUCUAGAUAUUCCGCUAGACUUUAUUUGGCAAAGGCAAAGCUUUUACAUCACUUUCAGUGUACAUUGUAUCAGGAGGCUAUAAAUGAGACGCAAUUUGAUGCUAGGCCUGCAGAUACAAUGGGUGAGGGGAUGUACAACAUAAUUGGGAUGUUGGACCAAAACGUCUUAGAUAAAUUAACCACAGAGACAAUUGGAGAGCUUGAGUUCUGGAGCAAUGACAAUUUAGGUGUAUUCUGGGCGAUGGAUUUUGUCGAGAGUUCUACUGGAAAUGGUAAUAUUUGGAAUGAACACGGCGGUCAAAAAUAUAUAUCAUUUCACCCUACUGUCUACUUUAGGGCCAUUAAUGAUAUAUUCACUAGAAACCCCAACACACAGAUUAGUGACAUCGCAAACAUAACAAAGGAGAUUAAUGAAUUGACACUACCUAUACCACUAAUUAUGUUAUUUCCAAAACCAUUAUUUUACGUACCACUGGUGUGUAUUAUAAAAUUUAAGGGAAAUUUGGCACCCACGCUAAAUAUUGAGGGGAAGUUCACUAAGGAAUUGACAAGUGGAUUUGACCUAUCAAAGCUGCAUAGCGUGAGAAUCAGUUCAAUCUGGAGUUACAAAGGGGAGCAACACAAACUCUUUUAUGACAUCUGCAUUGGUAAUACAUUUAAAAUGCAAAGAAUGGGUGUGAUUCGGGAUGUAAGGGUCGUGGAAUACAUGGGCACAGACGUUGUAAUGUACAGCAUACCGCUAAGUAUGGAUAAGUUACCACUAGGACAGCCGUGUAAGGUAUUAGUGGUUACCAAACAUUAG